UAUUGGAUUUAGGCAUUGGCAUGUGCGUUCUCGUCGAUUCCCAACAUCUUUAGUACACAAACUGAAGUCAUUUGGCAACAGAAGUGACAAUGAGCGGAGAAACUACACAGGUUCUGCUUGCAGUUGAAGCUGAGGCAUAUGUUGAAGCUUUGGAACAGUUCGAUGUGAAAGACAUCGGGAGCCCCAGUUGGUCCCGUCAACAUGAAUAUUUGGAGAAGCUGAACAUGCAGGCUGUCAUCAGUGCUUCUUCUCAUGAGGACGAGUUUGUCAAAGAGGCACUCAUCACAUUUGAAAAGAUUCCUGUUUUGAUACGAGACCUGCUAGUAACUGAAAUAUGGAAACAGAAGAUAUUCACAGAACUCAUGAACUCUGGAUUUGAGCCUCGCACAACAUUCCCUCUAUAUAUGGCGCUGUACCAUGAAGCCACAGUGAUCAACCUCCUGGAGACAGUUCUGUUCCACCGCGAGACCUGUGAGUCUGCUGACGACACCAUCUUGGACCUAGUUGACUAUUGUUACAGGAAACUCACACACCUGGUAGCUCGAAUGUCCGAUGAAGAUGAAGAUGAUGAGUUUGAGGUCGGCACAUCAUCUGUGACCAGUUCUACAUCAGCCACUUCAAUGGAGGAACUGGAGAAACAGGGCAGGAAUCUUGACUUUGACAUCUGUAUCAAGGCCGUUACCCUCAUCCGGUACAUCACUGACCAUCUGGAGGGACUCCCUCUCAGCGUGAUGACGCGCAUCCUGAACACACAUGAUGUUCCAAACCUGCUGGUGCAGUUGGUGGAGAUGCCGCCAUGGCUUCGGCGGAAAAAUGGUAAAGUGUACAAGUAUAUUGACAGCAAAUGGGUGGAAGUGUCUCAUGAAGACUCCUUCAAGCUCACAAAGAUAGAAGGGCAGGUGUGGAUCGCUCUGUACCACCUGCUGAUGGGGGGAGACUGUCAGAAGAAGUAUGACAUCGACUCCUACAGAAAGAACACCAUUCUCAAGCUGCGGUCUCACCUGACUGAGAUUCUACUGGACCAGCUGCCGGUCCUGGCCGAGAUGCAGAGGUACCUGGAACAGCUGUCCAUGAUGGAACCACCAGCCCCACAGAAGAGCUUUGUCCUGGAACAGGUCCCUGAGAUUCGAGAAGGCAUCUUGAAGCAGUGGGAGGGGAAGUGGAAACAACUGGCCAAAAAACAGUCAAAGACCCACUUUAACCCUUCCGCAGAAGCUAUCCGAGCACAAGCCCAAAGAUGGGCGGAGACGUACAACAUGGACGUGUUGGAGGGUCUGCUGACCGAACCCCCAAAAUGUGCUGCUUGCGGCCAGCCAGCAACAAAACGCUGUUCACGAUGUCACAACGAAUGGUACUGUCGCAGAGAGUGCCAGGUGAACCAGUGGAAGAAACACAAGCCGGCCUGUGACCUGUUGUUUAACUCGCUACAGAAGAUGGAGGCAGAUGUCAAGGCCACGUCAUGACCUUCAGAUCUGGAUCUUCAAGUUUGACAUUUAGGAUCUGGACAAAAUUUUGUUGAACGGUACACUGAGAUUCUGAUACAGGAUGUGAAGACCACGAGAACAAGCGAGGCACAGAAAUUCUGCAAACUCCUCCUGUACAGUCUUUGAAACAGAUGUCAUAACAAGCCAAAUUUGGACUGUUAAAAGCAGUUGCAUGUUUCCCUCUCUGGGGAUCACAGCACAGGAUUACAUUUCUCCAUGAUCUUUAUAACAGAAUAGUCUAUGCAAGAUCAUUUUACUGAAUAUUGUUAAGAUUGAGGUGUGCAAUAUAUCAUGUGUUGGUAGAUAUUAGCAUAUAUGGACCACAGGACCAUUUCAUGUUGAUCAUUUGACUCAUGGGGCAGUUGGGUGGCCAAGUGGUUAAAGUGUUCGUUCAUGAUGCCAAAGACCCAGGUUCGAUUAACCACAUGGGUACAAUGUGUGAAGCCCAUUUCUGGUGUCCCUCGCCGUGAUAUUGCUGGAAUAUUGCUAAAAGUGGUGUAAAACUAAACUCACUCACUCGACUCAUGGACUACACCACUGACGUAACCUACACUGCAAGAAGCAACACAUUCAUUGUCAUUCAUGGAUCAUUACCAAGCCAAAACAGAACUGAAGUAUACUGAACAAAGAAAGUUAAGGAUCAUGACAUGCUUGUAUAUACCAUACACAUUGAAAGAAAGUCCUCAGCACAAAAUCAGACCCCCAUCAUAUCAAUGUUCCACUGUUUUUCUUCAUGAGUUUACGAGAUGUAUAUAGGAGUGCAUGAGACAUUAAGAGACAGUAAAUUUUACCUUGGAAAUCUUUGUUGCCAAAACAAUUCCUCAGGAAUUGGUUAGGGUUUAUUUUAUGUUAUGUUAGUCUUUGUGACACUCCCAAUCUCACAUUACUGUAUCUUGUUAGUGUCAUGUUGAUGAACAUACGUUACUUACACGUAUGUUCAUGGGUAAAUAUGUUUGGCUUAAAGUCUACCCACUUGGACCCCUAAUCAAGUGUAUGAAGACAUAUGUACAAGGCCAGUGGGGUGAAAGCUUUCACUCGUCAUGCCAAAAGCUCAGGUUCGAUUCCCCAUGUGGGUACGAAGUGCAUAGUCCAUUUUUGGUGUCCCCAACCAUUUUGGUGGUGAUGUUGCUGUAAUGUUGCUAAAAGUGACAUAACAUCUAACUCAUAUAUACAUUCCAUUGUCAUGACUGUUUCAUGAUUAUGUAUUUUUUACGAUGAUUGUAUAAUAAACUCAAAAUAUGA